ACUGCUGUCACAUCCACACAUAAUAAUAACAGCCUAGAAAUAGUGCUGGGGCAGUCUGCCGGACUCAGUGUGAACAAGGAAGCCACCAUGCAAGUGCUAACCGAUCGCUACCCCAAGAACUGCCUGCUGACCGUCAUGGACCGGUACUCGGCCGUGGUGCGCAACAUGGAGCAGGUGGUGAUGAUCCCCAGCCUUCUGCAGGAUGUGCAGCUGAGUGCACACGGGCACCAGGCCCAGGACCCCGAUCUCUACAACUGCUUCACCAUGCUCAAGGCCAUCCGCGUGGAUGUGGACCACGGGCUGCUGCCCCGGGAGGAGUGGCAGGCCAAGGUGGCAGCCCGCAAAGCGAACGUGGCUGAGAACGAAGCUGCAGAGACAGAGGAGGCCGAGGAGGAGAGGGUCUCAGGGCAGCUGGACCUAGAAGCCCAGUUCCACCUGCACUUCUCCAGCCUUCAUCACGUCCUCACCCAUCUUACCCUGAAAGCCGAGGAGGUGACGAGGAAAUACCAGGAGAUGCUGGGACAGGCCAUGUAGGCCUUGGACUCGAGGGAAGAUCACUUUAUAUGAUAGAAGGCAGACUCUGUGAGGAGGACAUGGAGCAGUUCCCUAGCCCUGACAGAGACCAGAAAGGCCUGGACGUGCAGCUGGAAGCAAAGGCGACGCAGGUCUCUGGGAUGCUUCCCUCCCUCCCUCUGAGCAUCAACUCGUGGACUAUGCACUGGGACACCUUUGGGACACUUGUUGCUAUCCACAACUCCCCUCAUUCCUCUGACCAGCUUGGGGUGAUGGCCAGUGGUUCACGAGGGACUAGAGGUUACCUGGCCACUGUGUGGUACGGUAGAAAGAGCAUAGGUUUUAGCAUCUGGCCAAAGUUCACAUCCCUCCUCCUGGCAAUCAUUCACUAUGUGAUCUUGGGCAAGUUAUUUAACCCACUGGAGCCUAAAUUUCCUCAUCUAUGAAAUGGGGAUAGUAUUACGUUCCUCACAAGAUGGUUAUGAAAAUUAAACGAGAUGAUGAAUCAAAA